AUGUCCACGAUUACUUAUAAAUGUGACAAAAAGGAUACAAAAUCACCUGAAGAUGAUAACAAAACACUAGAUAAAGAACUUAAGCAACUUGAGGCAUCUAUAGAAAAAUUAAAUGAAAUCGAAAAAUCUGUCCACGAAGAAACAUCUAAAGAAAAAGUUGAAGAACACGAUAUACCACAGGAACACACAGAAUUAAAAAUUGAAAAGGAAGUUAAAGAUGCUUUACAGAAAGUUGCUGAAAUUGAUUCCAAUAAACAAGACGAAAAGUCUUUUGUUGACCAAAUUAUGAUUAAGAAAGAAAUGGCUGAGAUUCACGACACAAAGGCUCAAGAGGAUAAAACACCUGCUUUAAAAGACGAACUAGAAAAAGCUGAACAAAAACAAGUAGAUAAGGAUAAAGAGGAAACAACCAUUAUUGACGAAAAAGAAAGUAAAGCUGUAGAAGACGUUAAAGAAGAAAAAGGUAAAACUCCUGAAAAAGAAACAGCUGCAUACAAAGAGCAACCUAUAAUAAAAGAAGAUACAAAAGAAAUGCCACAAGAUACUAACAAGCUAGAAGAACAGAAAAUAAAUGAAUUUGAUAAAACUACGUCAAAAACUGAAGAAAAAUUACAAAAACAGGAUGACAACAAAGCUGAAUAUGAAAAGAAGGAUACUGCAGAGAAAGAAGCAGAUUUUAAACUCAAAGAAGAAUUACACGUAGAGAAAAGUGACAAAGAAAAAGAUGUAGUUCAAGAAGAUCAUGAACAUGAACUUCCUAAAGAGGAGCAGAAAGAAACUGAUAAGCCACAAGCCGAUUUAAAAGAAAAAGGACAUUUAGAAUUAGUGGUAGUUAAAAAGGAAACCGAGAAAACAUCAGAAGAUGAAGAUAAAAAACUAAAAAGUCCUGAACAUUUGAGAGAACUCGAGAAAAGUGAUGCGUCAUCUCCAUCAUCAGAAGGACAUGAUGAAAAGAAGGAAGCAGGCGAUAUUAAACAUCCUGAUUCAAAAACGUCCAUUUCACCAAUAGUUACUCAAGAGAAGAAAGAAUCUAUAGAACAAAUAUGGGCAAAAGGCAGUGACCAAAUUAAAUUCGAACAUGAAAUAAUUGGUAAAGAUGCUACUAAAUUAGAAAAGGAAAUCGAUUCACUUACAAAGGAGCAAGGCAAAAAGCCUGAUCAGCGUGAAGAUAAAAAAGAUGAGUCACUGCCGCAAGAACCAACCAAAGAAUAUGAGAAACAUGAAGAAAAAAUUAUAGAUGAACAUGAAGAUGAUUCUAAGUUGGAAAAGAAAGUUGACUCACCACUGCAAGAACCAGUCAAGCAGCAUCAGAAACCUGAAGAAAAAAUUGUCGAUAAACAUGAAGACGUUUCCAAAUUGGAGAAGAAAGUUGACUCACCACCGCAAGAACCAGCGAAACAGCAUGAGAAACUUGAAGAAAAAAUUGUCGAUAAACAUCAAGACAUUGUCAAGUUGGAGAAUAAAGUUGACUCACCACCGCAAGAACCAGCGAAACAGCAUGAGAAACUUGAAGAAAAAAUUGUCGAUAAACAUGAAGACAUUGUCAAGGGUUCAUGA